CUUUUGUGUUUUUGUGUAACAGAAUAAAACUAUUUUAUAUUUCGGGAAUUGACAAAAUAUUUAUAGUUUUUUAAGCAAUUUUACCUAUCGAGAAUUGAUAGAACAUUAUAUCUAGGAAUAAGAAAGAUAAACAUCAAAUUAUCAGUAUUUAUUAUCGAAGGAUACAAAGUGUGUAUGUCAACCAUCUUAAACUGCGAUAUUAUGGAAACACUACUUCGGGCUGCUGUAGGGCUUAAUGAUUUUGUACUUGAAGUUAAUAGACCACCUUGCUCUAGGGAAACGCGGCUGUCAUGGUUUACGGAACGUGAAUUGACACAAAAUUUGCAACAUCACAUUUGGGAUCGCGAAUCUGGGUUUAACCGAUAUAACAGACGUGGUUAUAUGCCUGUACUAACGCAUGAGCAGGAGUUUUACAAAAGCUUCACACCCAAUUUAAGUAUAUUGAAUGUUGGAUCGACACUUGGUUUUAUACGAAAAUUCACACCUGAUGGCAAGCUGCUACUAAGCUUCUCUGUUGAAUACAAUUGUUUAUGUGUAUAUAAAUAUAUUGGCGUUGGAAGAGUUCAACAUGCUUUAUAUGGUAUAGUGGACGAUGUGGUGCAAGCUACGGAUCAAACUGGUGUAUUACUUGCUAAACAAUUAUUUCCACUACUUUGGACAAUACCAAUAUUUCCUGAUAAUCAAACUGAUUGGCAAUUACAUCGUGAAUUUAGCAUUUUCAUUAAUGAGGGACGUUAUGUAUUGAUAGCCACCAAAAAUAUAAUGGCUCAUUCUAAUAUUCCGCGCCAAUAUUAUCUGAACUUUCCCGAUCUAUAUGAUGAUUCUGACAUUUUUGAUUUCGCAUUUCAUUUGAUAGAUUUACAAAGGGGUGUAAUAAGUGAUGUUUAUAGAUUACGUGAUUAUGUGUUUUUGUCGCAUAAUUAUGGUGUCUCAAUUGCCGGUAACACAAUUGCAAUAUUGUCACGGUGCCGUCAAUGUAUUGACGUAUUGGAAGUGCGUGAAGGCAAAUUUUAUGUAAAAUAUCAAGUAAAUAGGGAACAGGAAACAACAAGAAGAGAAGAGCUGGAACAUGAGUUACAAACAAACGGUGUACCGGAGCCGUUUAUGAAAGGAAUAUAUUCACCACUAAAGCAACAUUGUUUGUCAUACUUGUACAAAGAAGCUAUAAAUAAUGAAAUUGAAAGACUUGCAAAAUUACGUAUAUUCUAUAAGAACUUUAAAGCUUAUGAAGAAAUGUAUAUUACGAAAAUGCAACUUAUGGAUGAAGACACUCUGCUAAUACGCUAUGAAAUCCCAAAAAGAUCAACGUCCUACGAAGCCGCUAAUGAAAAUUAUACUUCACACAAGCCUAAUUUCAAAUUGUUUGUAUUUUAUUCAAUAUCGGAAGAUUCAGUAUUUAGAAUCUAUCGUGAUAACUCAACGGAAUUAAUCUAUUUGCAACGACACUAUUACGAUGAUUUUCGUAACGUUCGUUCGGCACAAACGGGGAGACCAGCAUCAUCAUGCGGCAAUAAUCCAUAUUUUCGGAACGCAUUUAAUUGCGCCUUUCAGUCGAGCGGCGAUGUAAAUAAGGCUUCAAUGCGGCUCAAUAACAAUCUUCCAUUCAAUGCGCAAGGUGCCUGCUGUUCACCCUAUUUUAACUUCAACAUGUUUGACUAUGAUGAUCGGAGUAUAACUGCAUUAGAGGUUCCAAAGGUUUUCAACCCAAAUCCAAUAAUUUUUAGAGACCGGUAUACAAACGUUUUGAAAUUUCGUUUAAUUUUGGAAACAUCGCAUUUAGCGAGAAGUAAACAAAAGCUCCUCGCUUCAUUUGUGUUCCAUCCAUAUGAACCGUUUGCUAUAAGUAUCCAACAAGUUGGAGUUAGUUCUUACGUCUUUAAUUUUCAUAUUUUUUCUGAAACAGUUAUUGUCAAGCCCGGCCCAAGAGUACUGAAAUAUGAUAUAUGGCCUGAUUUGUGUCCAGUAUUUCAUAAUUAUAAUUAAAUUCUUGAUGUCUACAAUAAUAUAAAUGCAAUAUGUAAUGCAAACACAAAGUUUGCAGAACUAAUAUUAAGUUUCCUACGAUUCUAUAAGAAAAAUAGCACAAUUACCUGAAAAUUUUGAAGAAUUGACAAUGACUUUAAUUAGUUAAUAAAUAAGUAAUAAAAAUGGUGCAAAAAAACCUACAAACAUAAAUUUAGUUGUAAUAUGUGAUUAAAAAACAAAAAGCCUGAUAAUAUAAUACUUACUUUUUACCAACUAUUUUUAAAAGAGAACAGCAUAAUUACCCGAAAAGUGUAGACAAUUGAUAAUGACCAUAUUUACUAUAAUAAUUAGUAAUAAAAAUAGCUUAAGUCAAUUAAUCUAAAUCCAAUUAAUAUAAGCUUUCUAAAGCGCUUUACUAAAUAUUUCGAAAUGGUUCUCUAAAAAAAUUGUAUAUAAGGUCUGGGAAUUUUUAUAACUUUUUUAAUAUAUUUAUUGCAACAAUUUAUGUACUUAUUUUUGAUAAUUGUAAAGAAAACUUGUAAUAUAUAUGUAAAAUUGAAAUUUUUAGUUUGAAGUUUUAUAAAACGCACAGAAAUGUGCCCGUCUAAAAUCUUAUCUUCCGGAAUAAAAUAUUCUACUUUCAUACUAAAAUAAUUAAAAAAACUCAUGUGGAAUAUAAAAUAUUGCAAUUUAAGUGUUUAAUUGUUGUGAUUCUAGUUCCUAGAAAUUGAAUAGUCGAUUGAUUUAAAAUUCAUUUUAAACGCAUUCUUAAAUGUUGUAACUUUAAUCGCAUGUGUGUACCUGUAAUUAAAUAUUUAUCUUUCGUUGUUACAUUAUUGUUUUCAAGUUAUUUAUUGAGAUAUAUUUCAAUUUAGUAGCAAAUAUUUUUGAGUAAAAUAUAUAUUUUUAACGAUGUAAUUUUUAUUUUGAAGUCUACACAAUUUUCUUUAGCGCGAAACUUAAUCGAAGUCAGAUAUGAAAACUUGUGUGGCUCAUUAUGGGUCACUCUUCGUUUGGUGUUGCCUAUUCUGUUCACGCCGUAACUAACGUUGGCUAAUGUUUUGCAUUGUUUCAAAUCCAUUUCUCAAAAUCUUGAACGCGACAGUCGGGUCUACGUACGGACCUGUAUUUUUAUCAGGGCAAGGACUAUCAACUUGGCAGGAUUCCAGCAAAUUACUUCAGGAAUGUUUUAUGCCGCCACAACAACAACUGCAAAAACGCAAAACGUUUUGUUCGAAGAUGAACAACUCGGUCCCCUUUGCUUUUCUUCGUCGCGGACUUCCCUAAAAAUUACGAGUUGGCGUAACAAAAUUUUCUAUGUCUGAGUUGGCCUUAACUAUAUUUUUUUAUGUUUGAUUGGCCGCACUGGUCGAACAGCUGUUUAUAGUAAACAAGUUGCAGUUGACGUCGCGUCUAACUUUUUUGCUCUGUGUUUUUAAUUUGUGGAAUUAUACUUGUGGUACUUUAAACAGAGAAAUCAUAAAUAAAUAAAUGGAUGGGAAUGCGUUUUUGAUUGAAGAGCUUUCUAGCAAUGAUGUGAGCGAAUCGGAAUUGUCAGAAUUCAAAGAAACGCAACCAUUAAAGGUAUUAGACAUCAUAGCACCUGAUGAUUGUAAACCGACAAGUACCACAAACAUUUGUGGCAGAGAUGAAGUUUUAGCAAAAAAUUGUGAAAGUUCAACUGUAAUAGGUGGUGAAGGUGAAGCAGCGUUGAUAAAGCGUUUUGUGAGUGGCGAAGUAGAAUUUCCCGAUUGUUACACGAAACUUGAGCCGGGCGAAGAAGAAGAAUAUGAUGUCGAUAAAUUUGAACUGGAAGCACAAGAGCAACAGAAGUAUAUUAUUGAUGUUGAACAAUCUACAUCCCAGCAAGCAUCUGCAAAACGGCACAAUGACUUCGCUGUUAUGGAACGCAAAACGGUUGAUACCAAUUUAAGUGAACCAAAUUGGCGUAGUAGAACGGGAAGUACCGGAAGCAGUACCGGACCUAGCAUACCCAGACGUCGUACUGUACUUAAUGCAGCGCUGCAGGGUCUAAUGGGUGAGGCGAAUUUAAGUUUUGCACGUGGGCAAAUUGAUAUUGCUGAAAAAAUAUGCUUGGAAAUUAUACGACAGAAUCCAUUAGCACCAGAACCAUUUUUUACGCUGGCCGAAAUCUAUGAAACACGUAAUACUGAAAAACAUUUGUACUUUUUAACACUUGCGGCACAUUUGAAUCCACAUGAUCGUGAUCUAUGGAUACGUAUAUCUGAAUUGCAUAUUGCACAGGGAAAUUUACAACGUGCGCGUAUAUUUUACACCAAAGCAAUAAAAGCAAUGCCGAGAGACUACGAUUUACGUUUGCGCAAAGCACGUUUGCUGGAAUUGAUGAAUGAAACACAAAGGGCUAUGUUGACAUAUUUAAAGAUGUUACCACACGUACCACGCUCUGAAUCGGAGCUUUGUCUGACGACAGCCAAAAAUGUUGCACACCAUUUUCAUGGUAUUUCAAAACACGCCAUUGCGCUUGAAGCCAUGGAAAGCGCUUAUCAAAUUUGUGGUGAUCGCUUUACACUAGAAGAUCUCAAUUUGUAUAUGGAUCUACUCAUUUUCAACAAGGGAUAUGCAAAGGUUUUGCGUUGCUUACGUGCGCGCACCUCACUCGAAUUGGAAACAGAGCAAGAAAGAAAUUUAGAACUGAUUUUCUUUUGUGUCAUACCCGAUGAUUUUGUACCCGACUUUCGUGCAAAAUUAUGUGUAAGUCUAAUACACUUGCAUGCGCAUCAUUUGCUCGGUUAUCUUAUACAAAAUGUGCACGAGCACAUUCCCUUGACAGAUGAUCGCUUAGACUUAUAUAUUGACAUUGCGGAGGCGCUAAUGCAAGAGCACAAAUAUGCUGAAGCUAUAGAAUUGCUACGCCCAAUAACCGAUGGCGAUACGAUCGAGUGUCCGGCUUUUGUUUGGCUACGUCAAGCCGAAUGUUUGCGUAAUUUGAACCGCACCAAUGAGGCCAUAGAAAGUUAUACGCGUGUAGUAGAAUUAGCACCAUUUUGUUAUGAGGCGAAGUUCACAUUGUCAGCGCUACUCAAGCAGCAGGGACGUCACUUGGAAGCGGUGAAAGCGCUUGAACAAUCGGGUGAAUGCGAUGGCCAACCGCUGAAUUCGCGUUUGCUUUAUGAACGUUGUAUAAUGUUGCAGCAAAUCGGUGAGAUUGAUGAAUUCCUUGAAGUCGGCUAUGUGCUCUUGGCACGACAUUCAAUAAAAUUGCGUAAUCGCGAUGAAAUGCUCGCAGCAGCGAAUGGUGGCAGUUUUUACAAUGCAGAGGGUCUCAAGGUUAUACUGCAAAUGCGUAAUAUCACAGAGGACACGGACAAGGCAUUGCAGGAAUAUCUUAAAAUACCACAGGAAAAUUCCGAUCUCACUAUACAAGAUGAAUUUCGACUAUUUCUCGAGUUGAUACGUGUUGCCUACGAACAGCGUAAAUUCAGUUGCAUUGAACGGAUCUGCUUUGGCAUGGUGACCACAAAGCGUUUCACCGCCUAUCACAUCGAAUUGGAACGUAUCAUAAUACUCGCCUGUUAUUUUAAUGACAAUUGCGCCAUUGCAUUCUCCUAUUUGCGUGAGUUGAUUUCGAAGAGUCCACAUAAUAUCGCGCUAUGGAAUUUGCUAUCGCUGUUGGUGCAGAAGGGUCAAGAUUUACGUUAUCAUCGUUAUGUGCGUCGUCUCGUACAACGUCAUCCCACCGAACGUCAAUUGCGUAUUUUUCUAGCUCACUAUCAUCUAUUUUGUUGUUCGUACAAAUAUGCAUUAAAUAUCUAUGUGCCACUAUUUAAAGAACAACAAACACCGAUACUUGCGCUUUGCAUUGCCGUUAUUUUCAAUCAAUUGUCAUUGCAACGUAAAGUGUUACGUAAAACCGCUGCCGUUUCGCAGUCGAUUGCUUUCGCCCAAAAGUAUGCUACACUGCGUGCAGGUGUUGAAUGGAAGGUUGGCUCUACUACCACCGACACUGUAGCGGAAGCAUCAACAUCACAAAAAGAAACAAAUGCUGCAUGCAGUGCUGUUGAACAAGAAAUUUGCUAUAAUUUUGGGCGCAUUUAUCAACAGGCUGGCUUAGUGCACCUAGCCGUGGAGUAUUAUGAACGUGGUUUGGCCGCACAACAUCCUUUGAUUGAGGAGAACGAAGAGUAUUUGGGUUUGCGUCAAGAAAUUGCCUAUAACUUACAUCUGAUCUAUAAGGCAGCGGGAAAUUUACGUAAAGCGCGACAAUAUCUCUAUGAGUAUUGUGUUGUAUGAAGUAUGUAAGAAAGAAGCGUUUAAUUUGCGGAUGUGGGUAAGCAAAUAGCAGCGAAAUUGGAAUUGUAUAAGUUCUCAAAUGCAUGAGUAUGGGGAUUUCCUAGUCUCAAUCAUUGCGGCAGUAUAGAAAGUCAUCAUAUUCGACGCAAAAAUGUUGCAGUAUAAGUAUCAGAUGAGUAUCUCUAGUAUUUAAGGCGUUGAAAAUAAAAGAAACAUAUUCAACAACUCUGUAACUUA